AAGCGACACUAUCCUAGUGAGGCAAGGCCCGUCUCAAGAGAACAGCCUUUAAGAAAGAGUAGAGUUUCUGCAACCCCUUUCCAAGUUCUAAAUAUAAAAUGGAAUAUAUGCAUAGAUUUUGUCUCCGUGUGGAGACUUAAAAGAAAAACUUUGAAAGACUUGUGAAAUGAUCCUUUGUCUUCACUUGGGCAAAGUAAAAAACUUGAAGCACUUCACAGAAUAUUCCUUUUUUCAAGAGCAAUAGUCUUUGAAUCAAUCCCGAUCAGUAGAUUUGAGGGAGUAUGCAGGCACAAACUCAAUCAAGAAAGCGUCAACUCAACUCAUCCAUGGCAAGAUGGUCUCAACUCCCCAAAGACCUCCUUCUCCUAAUUGCCCAGCGCCUGAAUACCCAUUUCGAUCUCCUCUGUCUCCGAUCAGUCUGCUCCUCCUGGCAUGCUUGUGUCCCCUCCAGACCCCACCCACUCCCUUCCCGUUUCCCGAUCCUUCCCACCAAUGGAACCUCCUGGGGUUUAUAUCUUUCUAGGCGCACAAUUCUGUGUCUUGGAUUACCUGAAUCUCACUGCCAACCCACCAUCGGCUCCUGGCUGAUCAAAGUUGAAGAAGAUGUCCCUGAUAUGGCACACCUGGUGAACCCACUCUCCACAUUUCAAUUCAAACAUCUUCCACCAAAUUUCCCAAAAACUUUUGACUUUUCCAGGUUUCGGGUCUCUGAAUUAGGGCAAGAGUAUGUCCUUCAGUACAUGAAUCAUCGUCCAUCUGGAGAGGCUGAUGAGGGGAGCUUGCACAAGGGUAAGGUUGCUUUUUCUAGCACCAGCAAUGGUGAAGAUUUUGUAAUGCUUACAAUUCAUGUGUCUGGAAAAUUGGCCAUGUUUAGGCAUGGAAACAAAAGGUUGAAAACAAUUGAUGAUAUGCCAUCUUGUGAUGAUUUGAUAUUCUUUAAUGGAGAAUUCUAUGCCGUUGAUAACACUGGAAGGACUGUAGUUGUGGCCAUUGGAUCACCUCCAGUUCUAAGUUUGAUCGCUGACUCAGUGAUUGGUGGCAACAAGAAGAGCUUGGUUGAGUCCAAUGGCGAAUUGUUGAUGGUCAACACAUACUUUGAUCAAGGGAUUCAUGGCAUAAUGAAUAGAGCAGUCCGGUUUAAGGUUUUCAAGCUAAAUCAAAUUGGGCAUAUGUGGGUUGAGGUUGAAAACUUGGGUGAUCGAAUCCUGUUUUUGGGUGAGAAAAGUACAUUCUCAGCUGUGGCUUCUGAAUUUUGUGGGUGUGAAGGGAACUGUAUUUAUUAUACAAACAGCUUCUUCUUCCCAAAUGACCAAGAAGAUGAUGCAUAUACAGGAAUAGGUAUAUUCAACUUAGAGAAUGGUAAUUUGGGGCCUUUAUCGAGUUUUCCCAAUUAUUCCAAGGUGAUUUGGUCACCGCCAGCUUGGGUUUAUAUCGAUAAUAUCGGAGAUAUAUGAUGCUCCUUUGCCUGGGAAAUGUACUCUCUUGAAUACAAAACAUUGAAUUUUGUUUACAGUGUUUGC